AUGCAAAAUUAUUAUGAACAACAUGUAUUUAUCGAUCUUCCAAAUGCAGUUAUACAAUUAUCCUUUGUUGGUACUCUUGCCUUGAGUUUUAUGCGCUUGAUGGGUCCAGUGGCUCAAUUGAUGGAACCUUGGAUUGGUCAUAAAGGAGUAUUGGUGAUCGGUUGUCUUUGCAAGGCCAUUGGUAUGUUGAUGGCUGGGUUUGCUACACAAGUCUAUCAAUUGUAUCUAUUCCAGGGGUUGCUUUUUGGUUGUGGUUCGUCUUUGAUGUAUUACACUUCUUUGACACUCACUCCACAAUGGUUUACAAAAAGAAAAGGAUUGGCUCUAGGUAUUGUCGCGUCUGGCUCUGGUAUAGGUGGUCUUGUAGUUCCAUUUAUCAUGACAUCCAUCAAUAGUAGACUUGGACCUUCUUGGACUUAUCGUAUUCUUGGUUUUAUUUGUCUUGCUAUGGAUUUAUCGGCAUGUAUUCUCAUCAAACAAAACCCUACGUUUCAAAGUGAAAAGAAGAAGAAGAAACUAUCCGAUAUUAUUCAAUUGAAUGUUCUCCGUGAUAUAGACUAUGUGUUAUGGGUCAUUGGAAGCGAUAUUGUCCUCCUUGGUUACUUUAUUCCUUUUUACUUUCUGCCGUCUUAUGGACAUUAUGUUGGAUUAACCGAUGCUCAAGGGGCAGUAUUAGUAUCGAUCAGUUCAGCUUUUAAUUUCGUUGGAAGGGCAACAACAGGAUAUUGUGCAGAUUAUUUAGGGCAAUUGAAUACGAACAUAUUAUUUACGCUGGUGGGAGGAUUGAGCUGCUUAUUGAUUUGGACAUUUGCAUACAACUUUGGUGCAUUGAUUGGAUUCAGUAUUGUAUUUGGUUUAUUCUGUGGUGCUUAUUUCUCUCUCCUGUCACCCAUUACCAUGUUGAUUUUAGGCAAGGAUCGAUUCCCUACUGGUCUCUCUUUAUUAUUGAUUUUUAAUAUUAUUGGUGUAUUUGGUCCCAAUAUUGCAAGUGCUAUUGAAACCAGCCUCCUUCGCUCGGUUGGACCCGCUUACCAGCCUUUCCUUAGUUACAAAUUAUUUGCUGGUAUAUGUUAUUUGGUUGGUGUACUUGUUUUUGUUUUUUUACGUUUUCGUAUUAAUAAAAAUUGGAGAACCCUAUUGUGA